UUCAGGUAGUUGACACCCAUAAUCCAGGUGAAGCGUGGAAUGAACCCCGUGUACCCUGUGGAUGGAGACACACGGGAAGGGCUGUGCACAGAGCGAGGACCGUUUUGGAACAGGAUGCUGGAGACCUUGCAUGAAAAGAACCAAGCCACCGCUUCCGCUGCUAGCCGUGGAGAGAUGCUGGCAGACAGCUGCCCGAGGGCCGGCGCGAAUGAGAAGGACCCACUGCUGCAAAAUAUCCAGUCUCUCUGGGCAAAGAAGAACAUGGAGAAGCUCCGGGAGGAAAUGCGCUUGGGCCUGGAGGCCCUUGAAGACCCUCUGGCGUGGCUCCUGGACGUGCUGGAGGGCACCGGAGACUGGCAGAGGAAAGGGCAAAGCCUGGCAUCCCACCUGGUCCAUGAAGUGCACCUCUGGACCAAGAGGCACCCUGAGAGCCAGCCGUCUGGCCUGAAGUUGAAGAAACUCCAGGCCCGUGUCUUCCCUGUGCUCGCCCAGUGCCACGGGAACUUGCUGGGCCCUCUGAUCGGCACCUAUCAGCUCCAUGCCGCGGACCGCCAGCACCUUCUAGGCUACGUCAGCCUCCUCUUCCACAAGGGCAAGUUUAAAGAGGCAGCCACUUUAAGCAUAAAACUGAAGCUGCAGCCAGACCUGGAGUUUGAAAAGAUGUGCGUUCCGUUGCUGCUUCAAGAGAAAUCGGACCUUGUGGAGGCCUACGUGGAAGGCCGCCCUGACCUGCAGCAGCAGCUCUUGCAGCUCCUGGACUCCUGGUUCGUGCCCAGUUUCCAGAUCACGGAUAUCGUGAGGCAGUAUCAAGGCCUGCCCAAUGUGAGGACAGAGAAAAUCAACUAUAGAAUGUUGAAUAAAAUGGUCUUCAAAUUCCUGAACAAAUACAACCUAGACCCAGCCCUUUGCCCUCACGUCGUCAACCAGCGGCACAUGGGCACGCUGAAAUACCUGCUCCACAAGCGAUUUGUCGAGAAAAGCAUGACGCAGGAAAUCUGGGCUGACCACAUCCAGAGCACUGUCCAGGACAACCGGUGGCUGCAAGAGCAGCUGGUGCAGCUGCUGGUCCGUUACUGCGGCCUGGAGGCUGCUGCCAGAUGGGCCCUGCACUACAGCCUCCCUGAGGACAGCCUUCCGUACGGCAUAAGCGAAGAGCUGAAGAAGCUCCGAAUGCAGGGCCGGAGGGAGGAUGCUCCAGCCCAGGUGGGGGCUGACCGCCAGGAUGAGGCGGACUCUUACCACCGGCUCCCCAUCCCCAGGGAAGCCAUCCUUUUCUUAUCGGCGCAGGCAGAGCUGCACAAGUGCCAGGAGGCGCUGCUACAGCCCGGCCAAGUCGUUGGCAUCGACAUGGAGUGGCGACCGUCCUUCAGCACGCUGGGAGGAAGGCCGUGCGUCUCCGUGGUUCAGUUGGCCAUCCGGGGCCGCGUGUUCCUCCUGGACAUGCUGCAGCUUCUCAAGCAGGGAGGGCCAGAGGUUGAGGGAGCCCUCGCUGGCUUUUUCCAAGCCCUCUUCUCUGAUCCAGCCAUCACCAAGCUUGGCUACGGAAUGCUGGGCGACCUGCGGAGCCUCGUGGCCACCUGUGCAACUUUCAGAGACAUGGACAGGAAGCUGCGUGGCUUCGUGGACCUCCUGUUUGUACAUAAGCAGCUCUCCAGAAGCUCCAGCAAGACCAGGAAGGGCUGGCAGCAGGAGGACGCUGCGCAGUCGCAGGCCGGCGCACGGGGGAGUCGGCUGCCAGAGAAGGGGCUGAGCCUGCUGGUGUGGGACGUCCUGGGCAAGCCGCUGGAUAAAAGGGAGCAGCUGUCCAACUGGGAGAAGCGGCCCCUUCGAGAGGGGCAGAUCCUUUACGCAGCAUCGGACGCCUACUGCUUGCUGGAGGUCUACACGAAGCUGUCGGAGGACCCAGCGGCCUUUGGCCUGACGCCGGACAUCCUGGCGGCCCCACCGAAGCGGCCCGGGGCCGAGGGAGCCCCCAGCAAGGAGCGGCUGAGCAGGCCCGCGGCCACCUUGCCCGCCCCGGAGGGGCCCGUCCCAGGCCCGGCAGGGGCCCCGAGUGCCUCGCCAGCCAUCUCGGCACGGGAGCUGCGCCUGGUGUGCGACAGCAUGCUGCAGGGCCUGGGCCGCUACCUGCGCUGCCUCGGCGUGGAUGUGCGCAUCCUGGACAACGACAGCGAGCACCGCGAGGCCGCUGAGAUUGCACGCCAAGAACAGCGAAUUAUUUUGACCUCUGGGCUUCCGUAUCAGACGCUGCAGUCCCAGGUGGGAGAAGGACGGUGUUUCCUGGUGAACUGCUCGGAGAAGGCGAAGGAGCAAGCCCUCCGGGUCCUGAAGCACUUCAACGUCCAGGUGUCCCUGGCCGAUGUCUUCAGCCGUUGCCAGGUUUGCAACUGCAACCAGUACCUGAAGAUCUCAAGGGAGAAGAUGCUGGAGCUGGUGAAGCGGAGAGGCUGUUUGACUGGGGAAGAUGCGGCAACAGAAGGAUCGGCAGAGAACGCUGGCGCAGGCCCGGAGGCGGGGACCCUCGCGCUCGCCCCCCAGCCGCCCGUGGACACGCGAAACAUCCAGUGGCUGGAGCAGUCCAGCCUGGACACGGAGUCGGCGCUGCUGCCCAGCGGCAUGCCGCUGAAGUUCGAGGCCGUCCCCGCAGGGAUACUCUCCCGGGAGGACUUGGCGGUCUUCUACUGCUGCAGCCAGUGCGGGAAGGUGUUCUGGGAGGGAUCCCACUUCGGGCGCGUGAUCUCCCAGUUCCAAGAGGUGCUGAGCCUCUCAGAAGAGGAGAGCCGGAGUCUCUACGAGCAGCUCUGAGCCUGGCCCGGGACCGGCUGAAGGCUCAGCCAGUGGUCGGGGAAUGCGUCUCACAUUCGGGGGGCGGUGGGGGGAGCGGAGAGACUCGGAUGUGUCCCCUGUCAGCUGGCAAUGUAACCAUCCUCCAAGCGCUAAA